AUGUCUCUCUUAAUCCUCUCUCCCCGCUGUAAACUCAAGCCAUAUUUAGAUGGACUGGAAAAAUCACUGGAUUUCUUAUUCUGGCGAAAGUCCAGAGUACGACUGCUCCCCAACACUCUUCAAUUUAGACAUACUAGGAAGACCCUUAAUGAUCAUUUAUGGGAAGGAAGGAGUGUAUUUUGUGGCCGCUGGUGGACAGCUAGAGAAAGUGGUGAAAAGCUGGGCAAGGGACCGCAUCUGGGCCUGUGCCGAGGCGCAGAGCAAGAACAACCUGCACGCGUUCUCUGCUGCCCUGCCCCGGCAACGGCUGGCACAAUCACCAACCAAGAACAGGCUGGUGCCGCGGGUGUCACAGAUAUCGCUAGAUGGAAGGGCGCAGCCCCUCGCCAGGCGCUCACUCAGCAGUGGGGGAACCUGGAGAGUAGCCCCGAGGAGGAGCCUCCCUCCUGCCCCCGGUUACCGCUGCCCCCACCUGGGGAAGAGAGGCGGGCGCCGUGCUGCCCUCCCUCAGCGCCCCGGCCGCGUGGCUUGCGGCUUAUUUUCCCAGCUGGCAAGCGUCGCGCUGCAGACAAGGGAAUGCCUGUGAUCCUAGCUAACACCAUCUCCACGCCGCUGAUCAGCGCUUCCUGCACCCGCAGCGAACAGGGCUGGCGCUCCAAAGAGGGUCAGCGCCCACGACCCGGGAACAGCUGGCUAUUGAAGUUCCUCCUGGGUCCUGCGUGUUCCGGAGCUCAGGGACCCCUUGAUCCCGCCAAGCUCCCUCCAGGAGCGGAAGGGUUAAGAAUGAUGAGGGAGAAGAGGAAAGGAGGAAAACUAAUAGAAAAUCAGGAGCGAAGACUCAAACUAAACUGAAUUUGAUCCUUAAUUCUUGGUUAUGUGUUUUAAAGUGUAUUCAAUAAAGUGGGAUGUGUCUUUCAUAGGGGUGGAAUUAAAUCCUGGAAAAAGAAACAUCUUACUGUUGGUCUUUGUUAGCAAAAUCCUGUGAAAGAUAGUGUUCACAUUUGAUUACUUUUAAAAGACAGUUACCUGUAUUUCAUUAACUUUAUUUCAUUGAUUAUAUGUAGUUUUUGCAAGAGAGUAAAUUUUUGGUCUAUCAGUAUUUACUUCGCAGUAUUAUCUAAAAAUCAUAUAACUCCCCCCAGAAGUCAUUUCUCCAGGCAAUUCUGAAGCUAUUAUUAAGCAUAUUAUGGAUAUACACAAGGCUCGGAUUGUAUCUUGCGCAGUGAAAGGUGUGUUUACCACUCGAGUCAUCAUAGUAUGUAAUAAGUAAGUAAUGAAAACUUGCAGUAAAAAUAGAUAGGCAUUCUUCAUUGAGGACCUAGUAUUUGUACAAUUCAGAAUGUCUAUUGAGAAAGCCUGAAUGAUGGAAGGUUUGCCCUCAAUUACCCUGGUUCAUUGAUUAGCACAUUGUAACAUGUGGAAUAUUAACGCUUCCGUGGUUAAUACGAAAUUCCUAAUUAGAGAUUCUGCGUAAUGUAGCAGGUAGAGUGGCAGACUGCGAUUUGUAUUUAAGUGAAUUUAAAAUGGCAGUCCUGAGCCGUUUGGAGAAGGGCAAAGGCAAGGCAGUAUGAAGUGGCUCCCAGCCUUUUAGGCCAUUCUUGAGAUUAGAUACCACUUCACACCUACUGAUAACAAAUUGGAACCUAUCAUCAGCCUCACAACAUGCCUUCCUAUAUCUCCACUGGCAGCAUGUUCUCUGGCAGACGAUUGGCAUUUCCCCUCAUUAUUGGAUCCAUACAAUCGCAAAAGUAGCAACUGACCCGCCGUUGAAUUAAUCUGCUAAUAGACUAUGAAAAUUUGUGGAAAAGCCACUGAACAACAACAAAUCAUGGCAUAAUUACUCUACACUGCAUUAAAAACUCACUAUCCUCAUUAAUCUAAUUACACUGUAACCGAACACGUUGAAGUUCGCCCACUCUCAGACCUCUCCCUGCUUUCGGGAAGGGAAAUGUCAAAGAAACGAGAACAACAGAGCCUCUCACAGCUGCCAGCGAAUUCCUCCGGGAACUGGCAGGUACCUUCCCAGCCCAUCCGAUCUGUUCCGGACCGCGGGUCACAUUCGGAUUUCCUACGCGACUAGGUGCUAGCUUUACUUAACAUCCGCAACAGGCUCGGGACGCGGUUCCGCGGAUGUGAUUGGCUGACAAGGGACCUGCCACACCGCGCUAGGUAAAAGCGCCCGUUUCCUUCAAGGAGCCAGAGCCGGAGAAACAGAGUGGGGCAUGAUUAAAAAAAAUUUUUUUUAAUAACCUUGGAGUGAA